UGUUAUCGUUGUCAUCUACAUAUGGAAAGAAAUCAGUUGAAACGCCAGGUCUCCCACUUCAGAAAGUCCCUCUUUGAUCAGGGAUACCUUGAUGAGCAAUUCAUGCAACUUGAGGAUUUGCAGGAUGAUGUAAACCCUAAUUUUGUAGAAGAGAUUGUAACUUCUUUUUAUAGUGAUUCAGCUAGAUUGAUCCACAAUAUAGAACAGGCACUAGUGAAUAGGCCUGUUGAUUUCAGUAAGGUGGAUGAUUACAUGCACCAGUUCAAAGGAAGCUGCUCAAGCAUUGGAGCUAAAAAGGUGAAGAUGGAAUGCUCACAGUUUAGGGAAUACUGUUGUGCAGGAAACAUUGAGGGAUGCAUUAGGACUUUUCAGCAACUCAAGCAAGAGCAUGCCACUUUGAAAAGGAAGCUCGAAACUUAUUUGCAGUUGGUAAGGCAAGCCGAGGCUGCAUGAAGUGGGAACCGACUGGAUGACUACAGAGUCCCCCACUAGCUAUAAAUGAUGGUUGGAGAAUUUGUCUUUGGCUGUCUUAUCAGAUUAUCCAAAUUCUAUUAUUAAAGAAUCAAAACGCUUUU